GGCAACGAGGCUAGGCCGCACUGGCGGAGGACCCCGGGGGGCCGGACCCGCAUCCCGGGGCCCCGCCGCCAUCCCGGGCCGGGAAACGGGCCGGAUGGUUGCCAGAUCCCCGGUGAGUCACGGGAGAGGCGGCGGCAGCAGCGUGAGACCCGUGGGGACACUAACCCCUCCUCCCCGCCCGCUCUGCGCCCCCCACGUGUGUCCCCGGCCCGCCCCCGACAUGAGGCUGAAGUGGGGAAGGGGCUGACCCUGCACUGAGCCCCCCACAUCCCUGUGUCACCAUGGCCUCCCAGCCGCAGCCCCUGCACCCCACCGUGCCCUGCACCCCCCCUGCCACCACUGGGGGGGCCGGGCUGGCCGGCAGCCCCGAUAAAGGCAGCGCGCGCCCCAAGCCACCGGUGCGGCCCAAGCCCCACGUGCUGCCCAAGCCAGCUGUGCCCGCCAAGCCCCCGGUGCUGCCCCCCACGCCGGGCCCACGGCACCCCCGGCCCGAGCUGCCCUCAGCAGAGAAGAUGAACCGCCUGGCCGGGCCCCAGCCCUACAGCGGGGCAGCCACGGGGGGGCCCCUCCGGCGCCCCUCCUUCACUGUCAGAUCACCCGAGACCCUCAAUGGGAAGGGGCUCUCGUCGCCCUUGGUCACGGGCACCGAGGAGGAGGUGCCGUCGGCCCCGCCAACCCCCUCACGCAAGGGCCCGGCGCCCUUCAAGGUGACGCCGGUGCCGGUGGCCACCAGGCCGGAGCGGUUCCCGGGCACCACCGUGGAGGAGAUCCUGGCCAAGAUGGACAGCCGGGAGGGCCCAGGCAGCCCAGACCGGGCCUGGCUCUCACCCUUCUGCACCGACCCCUCCUCCCGCUUCGGCUCCAAGACCUUUGUUGCCUUCCGGAAGCGUCCCAGCGGGGAGGCAGACGGAGACCCUGCCGGCGAAGCCCCCCAGAUGCCCCGACCUGCAGCAGGCGAGCUGGGAAUGGGGGCUGAUGGACACCCUGUGGCUGAAAUGAGCAGCUCCCCCCCAGCUGGGCUGAGCUGUGCCGGGGACCCCUGUGGACGCCGGAGGCCGCCAUCCCCUCCUGACCUUUCCACUCUACAGCUGGGUGCCCUCGGACCUCCAGGCUCCCCGAGGCCUCCCACCUGCCCAGCCCCAGCCCCAGGAGCUCCUUUCCAGUCUGCUGAGCCCUCUGCCCCAGCCCCUGGCUCCCCUGAUUCUCCUGCUGAGCUCCUGGCCCCAGACUCCCCCACACUGCCCCCUGGCUCCCCCAAAUCCCCCACUCAGCCUCCAGUCGAGGUCCCUGUCACCUCCACCCAGGCCCCGGGCGCUCCCUCAGCCACUGAACCCCAGCUCAGUGUCUCCCGUUCCCCUGGCUCCCCACACACUCCAGGGGAGGGAUCCCCUGGCACUGCCAGCCCCCCUGGCACUCCUGAACUGCCCCCACGAGUCACCUGCCCCCCCGGCUCUCCCGAGGCUGCUGCUGAGUACCUGGGCCCCCCCAGCCCACCCAUUGCCAAAGCCUCUCGUCCCCCAGGCUCCCCAGAAGGACCUGAUGACUCCACAGUGUCCCCACGGUCCCAUGAGGGUCCUGAUUUCAACCCCCCUCCCCGGGAUGUGGGGCUCCGGCGCUCCUCAGAGGGGGUGCUGCGGCCCCCACCGACCGGCCAGGGCCUGGGGGAGCUGGGGGGCUCACUGAGUGCCCUGCCCCGGCCUGGAGACCUCCUGUCAGAGCCCUCCCUGGGCAGCGAGUCCGGCUGGAGCCUUUCCCAGUCCUUUGAGUGGACAUUCCCAUCGCGGGGGGCACGCUUACCAGCCUUUCCUCCCCGCUCCCCCAUCCGGGAGACGCCUGACUCGGGGCUCUCCGAAGAGGGGGAGUCAGAUGGGGAGGCUGCAGCCCUCGGCCCUCCAAAGGACAGCAGGUCUGAAGGACCUGGCAGCCAGCAGACAGAGGGGGCUCCAUGCCCGGGGGGUCCCGUGACCCAGCCACAGGCUGAGGGCUCAGCAGAGGAGGAGGAAGGGGAGGCACAGCAGGAUGCUCCCGUGUCCCACUCCCCACUUCAUGUGACAGAGCCUGGCCAGCACCCAGCUGAGCCCGAGUCCCCCACCGAGCCCAGCCUCACCACAGCUGCCCCCCUGGAUCCAGCCCCCCUGGAUCCAGCUGCUGCAGCUGACUCAGCCUGUGCAGGUGAUGGCCCCAAGAGCCUGCAGGGUCCUGGGGGCCCAGGCCGGGCUGAAGGACCCUCACAGAACCCCGACCCUCACGCCGACCCGGGCUGGCUGACAGAGCUGUUGGCGUCAUCUGGGGUCCGCAGCUCUCCAGAGAACCUGCUGGGCUGGUCACGGAAGGACCUGUGCAGUGAGUUUGGCAUUGGCCGCCCUCACCAGGACAGCACCUUUGACUGGAGGCACCCAGGUGCGUCCAGGGAGAGAGACUGGCCAGUUGAGACCAAGCAAGACCAGGAAUUCGGGACCAAAUCCAGCUGGGACAGCAACCACAGUGACAAAGACAGCACUGCCCGGGAGAGCUGGAGUGGUGACUACAGAGCAGCGGAGCCGAUGGGGGACAUGAAACUGGGCUGCAGUGACUGGUCCCAGUCCCUUGGCACUGGGAAGAGCUGCCCACAGGAUCCAGACUUCAGUGCCAGCUCAGCCGAGUGGGGCCAGGGCUACGGCAGCACGGAGGAGCUUGGCUCCAGACAGGCCAACUGGGGCAGUGGCCUUGGCACCGGACAUGUCCGGCAGCUGGACAAGGAACUGCGCUCCGGGCAGCCCACCUGGGCAGGCAGGUACAGCAGCAGGGACACGGAGAUGAAGGAAAGGGAACUCCCCUCAGACUGGGCCAGUAAAUACAGCAGCCAGGAUGCUGGGAGCAAGGACGAGAAAUUAACGCUGGGCUGGGCUGGCAGAUCCAGCACUGGGGAUGCUGGGAGCCCAGAUAAAGAGCUCAGCCCCAGCCAGCCAGCCUGGGACAGGAGGUAUAACCCCAGGGACAUGGAGAGUCAGGACUGGGAGUUCAGUCCCAGCCGGCCAGCCUGGACUCGGGAGUACAGGGACACAGAAAGCCAGGACAGGGAGUUCAGCCCCAGCCGGCUGGCAUGGACUGGUGAAAUCAGGGACAUGGAGAGCCAUGACAGGGAGUUCAGCCCCAGGAGACCAGCCUGGGAUGACAGAUCCAGCACCAGAGACAUGGAAAGCCAGGACCCGGAGUUCAGCCCCAGCAGGCCAGCCUGGGAUGACAGAUCCAGCACCAGAGACAUGGAAAGCCAGGAUCAGGAGUUCAGCCCCAGCAGGCCAGCCUGGGAUGACAGAUCCAGCACCAGAGACAUGGAAAGCCAGGACCAGCAGUUCAGUCCCAGCAGGCCAGCCUGGGAUGACAGAUCCAGCACCAGAGACAUGGAAAGCCAGGAUCAGGAGUUCAGCCCCAGCAGGCCAGCCUGGGAUGACAGAUCCAGCACCAGAGACAUGGAAAGCCAGGAUCAGGAGUUCAGCCCCAGCAGGCCAGCCUGGGAUGACAGAUCCAGCACCAGAGACAUGGAAAGCCAGGACCAGGAGUUCAGUCCCAGCAGGCCAGCCUGGGAUGACAGAUCCAGCACCAGAGACAUGGAAAGCCAGGACCAGGAGUUCAGUCCCAGCAGGCCAGCCUGGGAUGACAGAUCCAGCACCAGAGACAUGGAAAGCCAGGAUCAGGAGUUCAGCCCCAGCAGGCCAGCCUGGGAUGACAGAUCCAGCACCAGAGACAUGGAAAGCCAGGACCAGGAGUUCAGUCCCAGCAGGCCAGCCUGGGAUGACAGAUCCAGCACCAGAGACAUGGAAAGCCAGGAUCAGGAGUUCAGCCCCAGCAGGCCAGCCUGGGAUGACAGAUCCAGCACCAGAGACAUGGAAAGCCAGGACCGGGAGUUCAGCCCCAGCAGGCCAGCCUGGGAUGACAGAUCCAGCAUCAGAGACAUGGAAAGCCAGGAUCAGGAGUUCAGCCCCAGCAGGCCAGCUUGGGAUGACAGGUCCAGCACCAGAGACAUGGAAAGCCAGGAUCGGGAGUUCAGUCCCAGUAGGCCAGCCCGGGAUGACAGAUCCAGCACCAGAGACAUGGAAAGCCAGGAUCAGGAGUUCAGUCCCAGGAGACCAGCCUGGGAUGACAGAUCCAGCACCAGAGACAUGGAAAGCCAGGAUCAGGAGUUCAGCCCCAGGAGACCAGCCUGGGAUGACAGAUCCAGCACCAGAGACAUGGAAAGCCAGGAUCAGGAGUUCAGCCCCAGCAGGCCAGCCUGGGAUGACAGAUCCAGCACCAGAGACAUGGAAAGCCAGGACCGGGAGUUCAGCCCCAGCAGGCCAGCCUGGGAUGACAGAUCCAGCACCAGAGACAUGGAAAGCCAGGAUCAGGAGUUCAGCCCCAGGAGACCAGCCUGGGAUGACAGAUCCAGCACCAGAGACAUGGAAAGCCAGGAUCAGGAGUUCAGCCCCAGCAAGCUGACUGAAGCCAGUGAAUGCAGCACCAGAGACCUGGAGACCCAGGACAGUGGAUUCACAUCCAGAAGAGCAGCUGGGGAUAGUGGGUGCAGCACUGGGGACACGGAGACCCGGAAUGGGGAGUUCAGCCCCAGCAGAAGUGUCUGGGAUGACAGGUCCAGCACCAGGGAUGUGGAGGCAGGGGACAGAGAUUUGAGCCCCAGUGGAGCAGCCAGGGAUGGGCAGCACAGCUCUGUGACCCCCAGGGAGGAAGAGCAGGAGCUGGUCCCAGCCCGGCUGAGCUGGCCCGGUGAGAGCAGCAUUGGGCAGACCGGGCAGGUCAGGGCUGGUGAGGAGGACAUGCCCAGCUCCCACGGCCCUGAGCCCCCAGCCCAGGAGCCCACCUGGGGCAGUGCCCACCAGCAGGAGAGUCACAGCUGUGGCAGCAGGGACUGGGAGCUUGGAACAGCUGAGUGCCAGAACCAGUUUGGUGUCGUUGGGACAGAGCAGGUGCCAGAUCGCUGCACUGCCUCGGAUGGCUCCAUGUCCGGGAUCCUGGCACAGCCCCAGGCAGGCUUGCACAGGGAUCUCUCUCUGGACGUGGACAAUGCCCGCUGGAGCCAGGACCUGGGCAGCUGGAGUGUGGAGCCACAGGAUGCUGAGGCCAGGCGCCAGGAGUGGGCGAGUGCCUUCAGCGCCCGCUGUGCCGCCCGCAGCCGGGACCUUGGUGCGCGGGAGGAGAGCGUGGGAGGGGACACCGGCGCAGAGCACACCGGCGCAGAGCACGGCAGGUCAGCCCCCAGCCCUUCCAUGGGUGACAUUCCAGCCUAUUGCCCAGCUGUGGAGCCCCCCCGGAGUGAGUCACCCAGCCACUCUGAGGAGGAGAGGCAUGCCUCUGAAACAGCUGCUGCCCUACAGAGCCCCAGGGUCCCCCCUCUGCUGCCAGAGGUUGCCAGUGGGAUCCCAGCAGACACAGGAAGUGAGGAGCAGCCCUCAGACCACCCAGAUGGGGAGAGCCCCUCGAGCUGGGGGGAGCAGCGGCUCUCACUGACUACCCCCCAGCCUGAGGGGUCUGUGGAGAAGGGACAGGAAUUUCCUCUUCUGGAGGACACAGAGCUCCUGGACAGCAGUGUGUUGCGCUGCAAGGCCAGCCUGGGCCGCAAGCGCCAGCACCGAGCGCCGUCCCUGCGCCCCACCACCACCGAGGGGGAGAGCUGGAUCUUCCGGGACUCCACCGAGCCCCGGCCAGCCCCAGCAGCAUCUGACGAGGAAGCAGCGGAGGAGCCCCGGAGCCGGCGGAUGCGCAGCUCAUCCUCGGGCAGGGGGGUCAAGGUGCCGCUCUUUCCUGGCCUCAGCGCCUCCGCCAUCAAGGCCAAGCUGAGGGGUCACAACCGCUCGGCUGAGGAGGGGACAUCGUCAGGGGACAGCAAGGGGACCCCUUCUAAAGACCCCCAUGUGCAGCGCUCCAAGUCCCGCAAGAUCCCUGGUGUGAGUGGGAAACCCCCAGCCCUGCCCCCCAAGCCAGAGAAGUCCUCACGAUCCGAGGCCUCUGCCCCACACUGGCUGCAGGCGCUAAAGCUAAAAAGGAAGAAGCCUUGAGCGGGGCUCACUCUGACGCUGAAGCCCGCUGUCACCGGACCAGGGCUGUCCUCUCCCGUGGGGACACACACACACACCACACACCUAUGCACUUUGUACGAGCUCGCAGGGUCCCCGUCUUCCCAACACCUCCUCCCCAUCCCCCCAUUGUACCCCAUCCCCUUGGUCCUCAGGGGUCUGGGGGUGGGCACGAGCCCCCCUUCCCCCUCCCCCCUGCUCAUGUAUGGCCCUGGACACAGGGCAAUGGGUCCAGCUCGUGGUGCCACUGCCACCACGACAGACAGACAGACAAUAAAACCUCGCUGGUCA